AGGAGAGCCUGAACUUAUAGAGGAGCUCCAUCAUGGUGCACACGGUAGCGGUGAUCGGGGCCGGCCCCUCCGGUCUGGCCAGCGUGAAGGCUUGUCUGGACGAGGGCAUGGUGCCAACCUGCUUCGAGAGCAGCGACGACAUGGGCGGACUGUGGAAGUUCAAGGAGGUGUCUGAACCAAACAGAGCCAGUAUCUACCGCUCCCUCACCAUCAACAUCUCCAAAGAGAUGAUGUGCUACAGUGACUUCCCCAUUCCUGCUGAUUACCCCAACUACAUGCAUCACUCUAAAAUCCUCAAAUACUUCAGGAUGUAUGCAGAGCACUUCAAACUGCUGAAACACAUCCGCUUCCAGACCUCCGUAAAGAGCGUCAGACAGAGACCAGACUUCUCUCGGACCGGACAGUGGGAGGUGGUGACGGAGAACAGAGACGGACAGGAAGAGAGGCAGGUCUUUGAUGCUGUCAUCUGCUGCUCCGGUCACUACACCUACCCCAACCUGCCACUCAAGGACUUUCCAGGAAUUGAGACUUUUGAGGGAAAGUACUUCCACAGCUGGGACUACAAGGGCCCUGAGGACAUGUACGGGAAGAGAGUGGUGGUCAUCGGCAUCGGCAACUCUGGAGGCGACAUCGCCGUGGAGGGGAGCAGAGUGGCGGAGCAGGUGUACCUCAGCACCCGUCGCGGUGCCUGGGUCAUCCGCCAGGUCUCCGACAACGGCCUGCCGGUGGACAUGAAGUACAACACGCGCUUUGUUCACAUCCUGAUCCAGUUGCUGCCGAUGAGGUUUUUCAACUGGUAUGGUGAGAAAAUGCUCAACGCCAUGUACGAUCACACCAUGUACGCCCUCAAACCUAGACACAGGUUCUUCAGCCAGAUCCCAGUGAUCAACGAUGACCUGCCGUUUAAGAUUCUGUCUGGUGCUGUCAUCAUCAAGCCAAAUGUGAAGGAGGUCCGAGGCUCCACUGUCGUGUUUGAUGACGGCAGCACUGUGGAAAAGGUGGAUACGAUUGUUUUCGCCACAGGAUACAACUAUGGUUUCCCCUAUUUGCCGAACAACGUCAUGUACAAGUCUGGCCACCGUGUGGGUCUGUACAAGCACGUCUUCCCUCCCAACAUGGAGCAUCCCACGUUGGCUGUUGUGGGUUUUAUUCAUGCCCUUGGCGCCAUCAUGCCUCAGGCUGAAAUGCAGGCCCGCUGGGUCGCACGUAUUUUCAGAGGACAGAAAAAGCUGCCCUCAAACCAGGAAAUGAUCAAAGCUGUUGAGAAGGACACAAAGAACAUUGAGAAGAACUACAUCGUGUCCAAGCUGACACCCCUGCAGGUGGACUUUGUCUCCUACAUGGACGACAUCGCUGGUGAGAUUGGAGCACGGCCGAGUCUCCUCUGGCUCUUCAUCACAGACUACUCGCUGUUUAAGCGGGUGCUGUGGGGGCCAGUCACAGCCUACCAGUACCGUUUAAUGGGGCCGGGGAAGUGGGAAGGAGCUCGCAGGGCGAUCUUCACUCAGUUUGAUCGCAUGUACGAACCACUGAAAACCAGACAGGCUGUGGGACAGGAGACGUCUGCUCUAGGCCGCUUGGUCAAACUGAGUGUGACUGUCAUGGCUGGAGCAGCUGCUGCCUACUACGUCCAUGUGCGCUACCCAGGUGCCUUCUGCACCAUGCUGUCCGGCUUCGGUCCACAGACAGUCUGAGCAACGGAUCAAACGACAACGAUCCAAACGACACAAAUAUGACAUCAUGUGAAUGUAGGGCCUUGUUUGUGAUGACGUGUCGAUUAAUGCCUGAGGUGUAACUGUAGUCUACUGAAUGUGUCAUAAACUAAUCCCUGGUAAUAAAUGACCAUUUAAGACAAAUGGCCGUCAGUGGUUGUAGGUGUAACGUGUGCACGCUAUUCUUCUCUUUUAACAAUGUAUAUUAGCAGCAGCUAGAUACGAGUCACAGCUGGACAGAGUAACCCGGAGUUACAGCUGCAGCCUCUAUGUUUUUACAGUAUGCACUGACUAUACAGAUACAGAUAGACUCACCAACUCUAUGUCUUCUGACUUCAGCCCUGAGUAAAGACACUAGUGGAAAUUUCCAUCUGCCUGAGUAAAGUCUGCAUCACACUGUCCCUGCUCCUCUUCUACGUUUUUUUUUUUUUUUACGUCACUUUUGCUCCCCUGGGUCUCAGAUUAAAGAUUAAAGUACACUAAAAUGUCUGUACUUUAUCAGGUAUUGGAUUAGAUGAGGAUAAAUGCAACAGGUUAAACCGGGAACUGAGAUAAAUGACUUGUGGUCAUGGACUGAACCGGACUGUUCUCCUGCAG